AUGGGGUUGUGCUUGUUGGAGUGGAGCCAAAGCAGUGAUUCCCUGCCGCCAGAUAGGAUGUUCUUCUGGGCAACUGGCGGUACGGGGGCACUGUCCGCCUAUGAACAGGCUGCUUUGCAAGCUAUAAAAUUCUUACAGGGACGAUGUAAAUUGAGAUCGAGGAGAGAGCAAGCCGUUGCAGAGGAGAGGGGAUACGAGGGUGGGCGGAGGUCAGGCAUUGCUAACAGAUUUGCGGCGGAGCCUCACCACCCUACUGCUCCAGAUCCCAAAUCCCAUGACCAUGCCCCCACCUCUCCUUCGUUGAAUGAAGGGAGUCUGGUUGCUAAAAAUCCCAACAACGGUGGGUACUGA